CUUCGAAGGCAGUAGCUGAUAUUCAGACGUCCUUCCCUGUUACCCUCUAAUAUCCGAUUCUUUUCAUCCUCGCCUCUCCAUCUCUCGUCGCCACGUCCUGCAGCCUGCAACAUCCAUCAUGUGCUCAUCUGUUCAGUUCACUUAUCGUUGCGGCUGCAUCGAGAACACCAUCUUCGAGUGUCUAGGCACCGUCGCCGAUCCGUACCCCCUCCAGCACUGUAGUGACCCGGGUACAGCCAUAGCCACGACCUUGGAUGAAGAGUGUCAUGAUUGCUCCAGGGAAACCUCUACACCGGCUCCACCUACCGCCGGUGUUCUACAGGAGCGACCCCUCAACCUACCGACGAAGACCUCACUCAUUCCCGUCACAAACCUACUUGCGGAUAUGCCCGAGUUAUGACUCAAAUUCUAAACGUCUAUGGGCGUAGAUAGAACAUUGUAACAGGGGGCCAUUGGCAUUGUUCACCCUAUGGUAAUAGUAUUGCCUGCGGCUUGUAUGUUAUUUGAACAGUUUAUCUUUUGAUAGGUAACUAAGGCGAAAAUGAAAAAUGGAGGUUAGGGAGGUUUCAUAGCAGAUGGUGUGCUGCACCUGGCUCUCGGAAACUCAUCACAGAUAAACUGGGUUAUGGGUAGGUAGAUUAGGUAAUGAUAGACAUGACUCGAUAUGAUACUAUUUGUCCACAUGUACGGCAAUCCUGACUUGCCUGAUGCAGUUCAUCCCUCAACCUCCAAAGUCCAUCUUUAGCGCAAUGCUCGGCUGCCCUGGGUUAUCGGAACCCUU